ACCGAAAAUACAACCUCAUUUAGUGACGUUCAAUAACGGGUGGAUCCUUAUCUUCGUGCUUUGUUCGUUGCGCAGAACAAAUUGACAAUGAAUUGGGCAAGCCAUCGACAUUGGCUACUGCGUAGGAGCAUCGUCGGUUCUUUCUCUUCUUGUCCGAAGGUGCAUCGGGCAGCUGUACAAUCGCCGUCCUUGUUCGCAGUGAAUAGUAAAAAACCUGCUGUUUCUGACUUUCUCACCGAUACCUAUCGUCGGCAACACAACUAUUUACGCAUCUCAUUGACCGAAAAAUGCAAUUUACGAUGUACUUACUGCAUGCCAGAAGAGGGCGUUCCCUUGACGGCGCAUGACAAACUCUUGACAACAGAAGAAAUUUUAUCGUUGGCCAAAUUAUUCGUAGCUCAGGGCGUCACGAAAAUCCGAUUGACAGGUGGAGAACCCACGAUACGACCGGAUAUCAUCGAUCUCGUACAGGGAAUUGGCGAACUGAAAAAAUCCGGUUUACAAAGCCUUGGCAUGACAUCCAAUGGUCUUGCUUUGAAGCGAAAAUUACCCGCACUGCGUGAUGCUGGACUCGAUUCACUGAACCUUAGCUUGGACACCUUGGAUCCCCACAUGUUUGAAAUCAUGACUCGCAGAAAAGGAUUUCAUGCAGUGAUGAAUACAAUCAAUGAAGCUAUUGAUAUCGGGAUUCCACACGUGAAAAUCAAUACGGUGGUGAUUCGAGGCAUGAAUGACGAUCAGGUACUGAAGUUUGUGGGGUUCACACAGAAUCGACCGAUCAACGUCCGAUUCAUCGAAUACAUGCCGUUUGAUGGCAAUCGAUGGAACAAGGAAAAGCUGGUUCCUUAUCAAGAGCUUUUGGACCGUAUCCAAUCGACUUUUGGCCACCUCGACAAAUUGCAAGACGAUGCAAACGAUACCACAAAGGCCUGGCGCGUGCCUGGUUAUCAAGGCAAAAUUGGCUUCAUCACGUCCAUGACCCAACAUUUCUGUGGUACCUGUAAUCGGUUACGUAUUACUGCCGACGGCAAUAUUAAAGUGUGUCUUUUUGGUGAUGCCGAAGUGUCUUUACGUGAUCUGCUACGGCAAGGUUGCUCAGAAGAAGAGCUGUUACGCAUCAUUGGUGCAGCUGUCAAGAAGAAACGGAAACAGCAUGCAGGCAUGCGAGUUCUGGGACCUUUUGGGCGUGCUGGGGUUGAUCACAAGAAAGUGCCACUCCACAUGCUUCCUUCCACCAGCUAUACCCCGGCUGGGGUUCAUGCUCGAUUUUACUCAACGACAAGAAACACGGAUGAUGUGCGCUUAACUCAUACAGAUCCUGAUACGGGUGAAGCUCGCAUGGUAUCGGUUACCGACAAGCAAGUCACCAAGCGACAAGCAACCGCGGUAGGACGGAUUGUGAUGCCCAAAAAAGCGUAUCAGUUGUUGAAGGAAAAUCACCAUCACACGGCCAAAGGCAACGUGCUUGUGGUGGCCCAAAUUGCCGGGAUUCAAGCGGCCAAGGCAACCAGUCAGCUGAUCCCGUUGUGCCAUCCUUUGCUUCUUGGUAAAAUUGAUGUCCAACUGCAACUGAAUGACAAAGAAUGCAGUGUGGAAUGCGAAUCGAUGGUUGAAUGUUCCGGAAAAACAGGCGUUGAAAUGGAAGCGCUCACGGCCACCAGUGUCGCUCUUCUUACUGUGUAUGACAUGUGCAAGGCCGCCACCAAACACAUGACCAUUGAAGGCAUUCGUGUUGUAGAAAAAACAGGUGGUAAAAGUGGUCCUUGGCAGUGGAAGGAUCAAUAAUUCGCUUUCCUUCCACUCCACUCAUAAUAAAUCCUCCCAUUACAAUCAUCUCACCUACAGACUCAACCAACAAAAAGACGCAAAUGUGCAAUUCAUUCCAUAAAUACAUGAUGUGACAAGCGA